ACCAACCCAUCAGCCGCGGCCAUAUCAGUCGAGGAGUCGUCGUCGUCGUCGAUAAUUUUGCUGCUGGUGGUGACCCCAAAGUUAGAGCCCAAAAUUCCCAAAACACCACAGCCUACUUAUCUGCUGGCCAAGAUGUUAAAGAGAAGUGAUUCGUCGUGAUCUGUGUGCGUGGUGGUGGUGAUGGAUGUCGGUCGCCAUCGUCGUCGCCUGCUUCGAUAGAUCUUGGGUACCACGCGAACGGGAGUGACAUAUGGCCAUUCGGGGGAGAAUAUCUCAAGGUGUUUAUUUACUUGGUUUGGGCGAGUGGUUUGUUAUCGUUUUUUGAUUCCCGACGUGCGGAUGCUGCGGCAGAUGAAGAAGAUACGGAUUGUCAGUGGUUGUAGUAGUAGUUGUUGUUGUGGUCGUCGUCUUUGUUUGAGCGAUUAGAAGGGAAAGAGGCGGACGCUGGAAGAGGACGGAAGACAUCGAUCGCCGCAGCAUCAUCAUCAUCAUCGUCUGCAGCAGGAGCAUCUUCAUCUCGUAUUACAAUCACAAUAGAGGACAGAAAGAGAGAGAGGAAAGGAAGAAAAAAGGGCCAAGAGCCGACUGCGAGUCGCACGUUUUUGUACACAUUCUCCCAAUAGAAGUAAGUGAUAAGGCUUAUCACUGCACAUCGCGGUGCAACGGAACCUGCGCUGCAGUAGAUCAACACACAGACCAAGUCUACAGUACAUUGUUGUGUACUUGGCGGCGGAACCUCUUGCUCUUUGCAGGCCAAGGAGAGGAAGGCAAGUGAAGGUCGUUUGGAAGGAGCCAACUGCGGAAAAGCUGCGCGGCCAACCUGUGUUCUAUUGGGUUUUUCUACGGGUCACAAGUUGUUGAUUUGUUAUAGCUUGUUUUCAAAAGACACAUUCACCGUUUUGUUGUUGUUGUUGUUGUGGUGUAACCAGAAACUCUGAACAAGAUGCGGGUCGUGGCGCUCGUCAGCGGUGGCAAGGACAGCACCUACAACAUGAUGCAGGUUACGGCCGAAGGCCACCAGGUGAUUGCGCUGGCCAACCUGCACCCCAAAGAUAAAGACGAACUGGACAGCUACAUGUACCAGACCGUCGGCCACCAGGGCAUCGAGAAGCUCGCCCAGGCGAUGGAACUCCCCCUCUAUCGCAAGAUAACCCGCGGCAACUCGAUCAACACCAAGGGCAGCUACGAACCGACCGAAGACGACGAAGUCGAAGAUCUGUACGAGCUGCUCGCCCAGGUGAAGGAGGAACAGAACGUGGAGGCGGUCGCCGUCGGCGCGAUCCUGUCCGACUACCAGCGGGUGCGCGUCGAGAAUGUCUGCACCCGGCUCAAGCUCAUCUCGCUGGCCUACCUGUGGCGCCGUGACCAAACCGAGCUGCUUGCGGAGAUGAUCGACAGUCAGGUGUGCGCCAUCAUCAUCAAGGUGGCCGCGCUGGGGCUGAUGCCGGACCGGCACCUGGGCAAAUCGCUGAAGGAGAUGCAACCGUACCUGGCCAAGAUGAAGGACAAGUACGGGUUGAACGUUUGCGGCGAGGGUGGCGAGUACGAGACGUUUACGCUGGAUUGUCCGCUGUUCAAGAGCCGGAUCGUGGUGGACGAUGUGCAGACGGUGAUCAGUUCGGCGGAUCCGGUUUGUCCGGUGGGGUAUUUGAACUUUACGAAGCUCCGGUUGGUGCCGAAGGAGCGGAAUGAGACGCCGGUGGUGAUUAAGAACUCGCUGGACUUUGUGUCGGACUUGAACGAGAGUAGCUAUAACGAUUUGAGCGAUCCGGAUUUGAGUGAGACGGAGUUGGAGCUGAUCGAGAAGGAAACCAACGCAAGGGCGGCGAUCAUACGGAGCUCGUUCAGCAAGGACGACAUCAGCGGUAUUGAGGGAGUUGGUGGAGUUUCACGCAGUAACAGUCUCAGCACGAAGGACCUCAACCACGAGCUGUCACUGCCACCACGAUCACCGGUGAAGAUCAUCACGAGACGGUCCAGCGUGGAGGCCGCCAUCGGAGGCAGUGAAGUUCCGCUGAGCUACGUAAGGGAGAAGGAACCGCUCACAAAUCAACCCCGGGCCAUCGUCAACUCCAAGGGCUGGAUGUGGGUUGCCGGCGUCCAGGGAGUGGCCGAAUCAUCUAGUCAGGCGAUGCAGAUCGCCCUCAACACGUUGGAAGACCUUAUAACCUCAAACUCGUUUACGCUGCGCCAAAUCUGCUACAUCACGCUGUACGUGAGGGACAUGGCCGAUUACGGUGCGCUCAACGAGGUCUACUCUUCACUGUUUAGCUUUACCAAUCCACCGACUAGGGUUUGCGUAGAAUGUCCACUUCCAGAGGACUGUCACGUCGUGCUGGAGGCGGUCGCGUUCAACCCCGAGAAGUCAACUUCCGAAUGGGACCACAAAAGACACACGAUGCACGUGCAGGGAAUUUCCCACUGGGCGCCGGCCAACAUCGGCACCUACAGUCAGUCGACCAAGGUCGGCACCAUAACGUACAUCUCCGGCCAGAUCGCGCUCGUCCCGGGCAGCAUGACCAUCAUCGAGGGUGGCAUCAAGCAGCAGUGCAAGCUCACGCUGAGGCACGUCGCACGGAUAGCGAAGGCCAUGCACGCCCAGGGUCAGCUGCGGGAUGUCGUUCAGGGAAUCUGCUUCGUGACGCAUCCGAGCUACAUCACCGAGGCCAGACGGCAGUGGGAACGGCGGACGGCCAACGCCAUCAUCGACUACAUUGUGGUGCCGGCGCUGCCGCGGGGUGCCCUCGUCGAGUGGCAAGUUUGGGCGCACACGCACAACGACAAGUUUGACUACGAAGAAACGGGUUGCUCAAUCGGCGAUUACUCGAUCUCAAUCCGGAGACGGUGGAACUACGAAAACAAUUGCGCCUCGGUUGUGUGCUACAUCUCGACCGGCCUAGCAACAUCAACGACCAAGCUGACGGAGCUGAGCGAUGACUGCAUGCACCACCACAAUCAACUCUCGCAGAAAAUCUCCCGCGAGCAGAUCCACGACGCGAUCGCGUACGUCCUCCGGAAGCUACUCCAGGACUACCCACUUGGGAACAGCCCGUCAAACGAUUCCUCCUCCUCGUCGGAUGAUCCCAACCCAACCCAACAGCUGGUACCUCCGCCCCAUCACCAUCCUCACCACCACAACACGGGACCGGUCCCCAGCGCGGCCACCCUGCCAACGGUUCACCUGCGCUUCUUCUACCAGGUGGGUGCCAUCGGUUCCGUUCAAGCCCUCCUCGAGGCCAUCGAAAGCUUUCUCAGCUCGCCGUCCAACGUGGCCCGGAUCGCGUACACCGUCGUUCCGGCCUGCCACCUGCAAAACUUUAGCACGUUCAUCUCGAUCUGCGGCCUGCGGCAUCACGAGUAAAAAAAGGAAAAUACGGACAACAAACAAAAAAAAAACACACGGGAUUUCUAUUUUAAACAAAUAUUUAUAUACAUCUUUCCAAGAUUUUUACAAACACAAACACUCAAACAAACAAAAAAACAGCAACAUUAUCGCAUAGUUGUGUGCUUGAAAGGAGGAGGUAUCCUUGCUGCAUAAAAAACCAGAAAAUCAAAUUACUCGAUCGGCAGCAACGAAUUCGAAUGAGCCAGCGCAUUGUUUCAUCAGAUUAUUUACUUCGUAAGCCCAGACGGAAUGUUUAAGAUUGCUACUCUUAUUGAAAACAAAACAAACAAAAAAAAAACCAGCUAAAUUAUAAUAUAUUGAAUGUUGAUAGGCAAAAAUGUACCAAUGUAAUAAAGACAAAGUAAUUUAAACUCUUGAAAAC